UCGUCGUUGUUUACUUCAAUCAUUCAAUACGUUUACAUUACGGCGCGCAGGUGUCUAUAGCAUCUCUGUUUAUUGUGUUUAUUUUCGUGCUUCGUCCAUAGGGCACUCAAGCUGCACGAGAAACAGAGCGCCGAGUCAAAUCUUAACUACGACGAACGAUUCCUGUGGAACAUGUUCAUGUUGAAGGAGCUGCUCGUCUUCAGAUCACAUCUGGAUGAACAGGAGCGCGAAGAGCUGGACUCUGGAGGGCUCUUGGUCCAUAUCAUCCAAGGAUAUGUCGGAUGUCAGCCUUUUCGGACAGCUGCAACACAGGGACAGAUCUCGGUCAUUUCAAGACUGAGCUCAAAACGCGCAGGAAUGCGGUAUAAAACUCGAGGCAUUGAUGAUAACGGAAACGUGGCGAACUUUGUAGAGACCGAAACCGUCAUAUCCAAUACAGAGUGGUGCUUUUCAUACACGCAAAUCCGGGGGAGUGUGCCAGUAUUCUGGGAGCAAGAGGGCUUGCAACUGGCGAGUCAUAAAAUUCAGCUUUCGAGAGGCUCCGAGGCCACCAAACCGGCCGUACGGCGGCAUUUUGAGGAACUUAUCCAAAAAUACGAAGACAUCCACAUCCUCGACUUGUUGGGCACCAAGGAUCAAGGCGAAAUAACACUUUCACAAGAGUACAGGAGCCAGGUUGAGGACUUGGGCCCCUUAUUGAGGCACCUUCAUAUGACUAGGUUUGACUACCACUCUCAAGUAAAGGGCGGGAAUUACGAACAGAUCAUGGCGCUGCUGAACCAUGUGCGUGGGGCUUCAGAGCGCUACGGAUACUUUUACCACGACCUGCUCUCCAACACAAUCGUGCAGACCCAGCGUGGAGUCUUCCGAACCAGCUGCCUAGACUGUCUUGAUAGGACGAAUGUUAUCCAAAGCAAUCUUUCUAAAGAGGCCGUGGAGCUUCUGCUUCACAAUGUCCUCCCUCAAGACAGUCGGUUUGGAAGUCUCAUGUCGAUGCACUCGGAGCUUUGGGCAGACAACGGUGAUCUGUUGUCCAAGAUCUACACGGGCACAGGAGCUCUCAAGUCCGAGGUCACCCGUUCAGGCAAAAUGUCCUUUGCUGGUAUGCUGGGGGAUGCCACCAAGUCGCUCAACCGAUUUGUCAUUAACAACUUUCAGGAUAAAGAUCGCCAGGAGGUCAUUGAUUUGUUGCUGGGGAAAAUGUCGCAUCAAAGACCUGUAGCGAUUCACGACCCGGUUCACGACUCGAUUGAAUCCGAGAUGAAGGCUCGUAUCGGAGAAUACUCUCAAAAAAUACAGAUCGAUGUCUUCGUGGGCACCUACAACCUCAAUGGAAAGCUACCUUCGGGCGACUCUUUGGAUGCCUGGCUCUGCUUUGACAAAGAGGUUCCGGAGCCCGACAUGUACGUGAUUGGAUUUCAAGAGAUCGUCAAGUUGACGGCCAGGCAGAUUGCGGUGACGGACGAAAACAAGCGGCGGACCUGGGAACAAGAAGUUGAAAAGACUAUCAACCGAAAGAGUAGAGCACGAUAUAUUCAGCUGCGUUCCGUCCAACUCGUCGGUGCAGCCCUAAUGAUCUACGUCAAGGAGCAGAACGUACCAUCAAUUCGUAACGUCGAGUGUUCUAUCAAAAAGACUGGCUUGGGCGGCAUGGCAGGGAACAAAGGAGCAGUGGCCAUCCGCAUGGAUUAUUACGAAACAUCUCUCUGCUUGGUCACCUCGCAUUUGGCCUCAGGACAGGACAAUCUUCAGGAGAGGAAUGAUGACUUUCAUACGAUCAAUAACGGCAUUACCUUUGCAAGAGGUCGCGACAUAUCGAGCCAUGAUAUUAUUCUUUGGUGCGGCGACUUCAAUUACCGUGUCGACAUGGAAAACGAUCAAAUCCGUGCAUUGGUUAGUCAGGGCAACUACUUUGAAAUAUUUCGCUGCGACCAAUUAAAGAGGUCCAUUGACUAUGGCGAGGCGUUCUACGGCUACAAGGAAGGAAUCAUUGCUUUUGCGCCGACAUAUCGUUAUGACAUUGGAACGGACAACUACGAUACCAGCGAGAAAUACCGCGCGCCUGCUUGGACGGAUCGUAUUCUUUAUCGGGGUAGAGGCAUCUAUCAAACAAGUUACGAGCGCGCUGAACAACGCACAUCUGAUCACAGACCAGUCAUGUCGAUGUUUGUGCUCGAGCUGACAACGCUGGACACGGAAGCCAAGGAAAAGAUGGAGGAUACUCUUUAUCGUAAGAGCUCCAGUAAAUCUCUUGCCAUCGGAACAUUGGCGGCCAAGAAUGGUGCUGGACUUGGGCCCCGAGGGCUGUUGGUUGCUCCAGAAAAGCUGCGAAGUGAAGUUGGACCUAAAUACGAUCGAGUGUCUCAGAACGCAGGUAAAGUACUGCUGUCCAAAAGCACCAUUAACGCAGGUCUUUCAACAUCGGAUGUCUCCGUGUAGGUGGAAGCGACGAUACUGAUUCGAUUUCUGUUUUCCUAUCUGCGAAUGCAGGACCGAGGCCUAGUUCUGGAACGCAUCAAUGGUGGAACGACC